UUGAGCCAUCGAUGAAGAACUGGCAGCAAUAACAACGGCAGUAGUAGCCGUAGUCGUAAUACAAACAAGCAGCUUUAGCCUAUGUUCUGUUUGACCCGAUUUAUUAGACAUAAAAGAUCUCGAUCUGCCAUCGGAGCUUUGUGCAGCGGUUGUACAACUGCUUAGUGUGUUCAUGCCGAAAUGACAGCGACUUUAUGACUAGAAAUGGUGCGCUAGGCUGAAUCGACAGGCUAGUCAGCCUGUUGGUGUACGUCCACCCCAGUUGCAGGACAACAAGGCAGUGGUGGUGGUGGGGUAGGUGAAGUUCGACUUGAGCGAAGAGGCCACUUCCGACUCGUAGCGGCCCUGCUCUCCCUGUCGAAACUAAACCAUAAAAAGGACGAAAUAAUAGACCAACAGGUGGGGCGAUUUCUCUAAGGGGGACCGUUUGCCAUGGAGGAAUCUGCGGCAGAGUUUGCCUCGUCACUUCGGGAUCUGACAACUAAUUCGAAGCCCCUAAUCAGUAUGCUGACGAUGUUGGCAGAUGAAAGUCGGGAGCACGCGGGAAAAAUCGUUGAAGCCAUCGAACAUUAUUUGCGCACGAGUGAACCGUCUAUUAAGCUUCCGUCACUCUAUUUAAUAGACUCGAUUGUUAAGAAUAUCGGGAAUCCCUACGUUCAACUGUUCACCGAAAACAUAGUGCGAAAUUUCGUACUCGUCUUUCAAGAGGGAGACGAACGCGUUCGAACGGCUUUAUUCAAAUUGCGCCAAACAUGGAAGGACAUUUUUCCAGAACGAAAGUUAUACGCUCUAGAUUUAAACACGCAAGCCGUCGAUCCGAACUGGCCGGUAUGCGCCGCAGCUCCUAUUCACGUGAAUCCAAAGUUCUUCAAAAAACCACCCUCUGAGCUGGAAAUUGCUCGUGGCACGGAAUCCGAGCUAAAAAGCCUGGAUGAAAGACAGAAGCAGCUUGAUCGGAUUCAGGAGGAGCUGCGGCGUAAAAGAGAUGAGAUCGCGCACAAAUCCGCAGCAGCAUUGAAGCAAGCCCAGCAGCAAUCACAAACAGUACAACCAAAGUCUCCCCUAAGUGGACAACCUACUUCACCUCAGGUGCAACAGCCCCCGCAGAUACAAGUCCAUGCUGCCCAACAAAACCGAGGGAGCAAAACAAUAACACGAGGCCAUCCGCGAACGAAGCAGAAGGACUCACUCAUAGGACGACCAGUACACAUAGAAAAAGCGAAUGAGAAUGUUGACUUUAAAGAUAGUGAAUCGAAAAAACCGAAACGUUUUCGUGAUCGCGACAAAAUCCGGAAGGAAGCCGAAAAGGCUCACAACGCGAGCGUUGUCGUCAACAACAAUAUCAGUACUAAAGACAUAAGUCCACUGGCAGCAAUGAUUGGUGAUCCUCGGCGAAAACAAGAUGAGCCCCACAAGGUGUCUUCUUCUAAAUUUCGAAUACCCAAGAAAACUUCAAGUUCAUUAACAACAGCCCGUAGUGGAACAGAAGUUCUGGAUGAAGCUAAAACGUGGCCGCCGGACAGCGGUGGGGGACGGGCCAUUGCGAGAAAAACGUCUCAUCAUUCGAAAAGGCGUUCUUCGCCACCUGCCCCGCCAAGAAACCCCCCAGCUACAGGAGCCCGUCUCACACUUGCUGACAAAGAAGCAGCAACAAUCCUAACAGGAGAUGUCGACCUCAGGCUUUUCGAACCACGUGCCAAGCGACGAAAAGAGGAAACCACCUCCUCCGUGUUAUCGUCAGCUUUCCCUUCGAGUAAAGAAGACACCGAUCUCAGGAUCAGGCCGAAAGGAGCGAUUUCCUAUCCGGGACAAACGCCAAGUCCAAUUGUAAAGGGAGCGAGCCCACGAGAAAAUCCCGCGACGGUACACAUCGCGUCGCCAACGGGCACAACGGCGGAGACGGCAACAACGACAACAACAGCAUCAGUAAUUACUUCGACAGCAUCAGAAAUUCAGAAGGCUCAAACUAAUACAAGUCAUUCGCGAACUUCGAGUGGUCAUGGCAGUAAUAGGGAUCCGCGUUCGAAAAAGCGAAUGUCUCCCCCGGUAACUACAAGCCCCAUAGAAACAACUGGGAAUGUUUCAAACGCAGGUAUCGUUAAAGAUGCUCCCAGUCUAAAUGUAGAAAACGUACAUGCAACACCCCUGGACCAAAGUACUGCUGGAAAUGCUCUAUCAGCAGAACAACUAGUCAGAGAAGCGGAAAGGCUCCUACGAGGUCCCUCAGCGACUGCAGGUGGAACACGAAUCGCGCUGUCUGGAGAUGUACAUGCAGGAUUUGCUCCCGCUUCACAUAAACGUAAACCCGAUAGGGUUAACUUAAGGCUUCUCAACAGUCUCCAGUGGUCAGCACCAGCCCCCGAAUUCGGCCAGAUCUUACUUGACCGACAAAUGAGAGACAUCCGUUUCGUCGAUGGAGUUGCCGUCGCGGUUAUGGAAGAGGCUCCUCCGAAUCUGGUCAAAGCCAGACUUGUCUGUUUUCGAGGCAAUCCGAGACCUGUCGUCAUCAAUGAGCAUCAAUUUGUCAUGGCCAACUUUGACGGCGACGACCACGAGUUUACUGUGAACGGGAACACUCACCGCGUCCGGUUUGGCGCUCCUCUAAGAGAAUUGUACAUUGACGGCGUGCCUUAUUCGUGUCAGUUUGAUGGACGGCCAAUCAAGGUGCAAAGUGGGGACGACGUUUUUGUGGUGGCAUUGCCUCCGCCUUGCCCUACGGUUUGUGACAAACGACCAGCUGGCCCUGAAUUACUCGCAAAACUUGGCUUACGGCCUAUGCACACCCUAGGUUCGGUGCCAGGACACCUAGGCUCCGCAGGACCUUUAGGGGUGUCUCAAGGGUCCCCAGGCGUAAAUGGGGCAGCGGACAGCGGGCCUACAAACUCCGUAAGAGGAGUCGCAGGGGGAUGGGUACGCUAUCAGGAGGAACAACCGCUGCCGCAGGUUCCUCCGCCCCCUUCAGUUCGCCCUAUUCCGAGUCUCUUUCCCCCGCCCAUGCCACCCAACAUUGGCUGUCCACUUCAAGGCCCUCCAAACAGAUUUCCCGGAGGUCCGCCCUGUCCGCCUUCGGUACCACCGGGUCCGAUGACUACUUUUCACUCGCAUCCAGCAUUUGGCCGACCUCAAAUGAUGCCUCCUCCUCCGACAGCAGGUCCGCUAGAUCGUCUUAGCGGGGGUUCGCUUCCUCCACCAGCCCCCGCUUCGUUCGCUCAGCCACAAAGAAUGUCUCCCAUGAACACACAACAGAUUACAACUCCAGGAAGCAGUAGCGGUCAGCUUGACGUUUCUGAUCUACUGAGCAAACUCGUCGAGCAAGGACUUAUUAGCAACACGUCGUCAAGUGCCAAUGAUGCUUCAGCCAAUGGAAAUAACAAGAAAGAAAGAGAUAAAAAUAUCGACGGAGGCGAUACUACAAAGGAUCAGCCUUCGGGAAAGGAAGAGAUUCCACAACUGAACUUCAAGCAGCCCGCCCUUCUUAAACAGCGGAUUGGAGGCGUCAUUUCGGCACUGCAUGAGGGUGUCCAGUGUUCGGCUUGCGGCCAGCGUUUCCAACAAGGAGAUAAGAGCACUAGUGACAAAUAUGCACAGCAUCUUGAUUGGCAUUUUCGAUUGAAAAGACGUGGGCGAGAAGGUUUACGAAAAGCAAGCAGUCGCAAAUGGUUUUUCUGCAUUUCGGAUUGGAUUGAUUUUGAGGAAAUUGAAGAUCUUGAUGAGCGUGCGAGGAACUUCUUUGAGGAACAACUGGAAGUACAGCACGAGAGCAAUAGUCAGGAUGGGUUAGCUCUCCAAUCCUCAGUCCAUGAGCUCCCCAGUGUGGAGGCUGCCAAGCUCCCAAAGGACGUUGUCUAUUCGUGCGAGCACUGCCACGAGUCGUUCGAGAAAUAUUUCUGCGAAGAUUCCGAGGAUUGGCGUUUACGGAACGCUCUUUUAGUCGACGAUAAGUUGUUUCAUCCCAUCUGUCACGAGGACUACUUGAAGCCUGUACCCAAGCCCGUGCUCGUUCCGGCUGCCGUUUCUGAAGACAACAAUGCCCAACCGCAGUCCCCAGGUGCUGAGAAAUCCGCAGACUUAGUUGAGACAUGCGUUGAGGCAUCUGUACCAGAUCCCAAACGGGCCGCUAUUCUUGACGAAGGUAGUCAGCCCCUUCCGGGUCUCGAUUUCGAUCCCUCUGUUGAAGCAGCGGACGAUCCUCAAGCAAUUAAGAAAGCUGAAGAAAGUGCCUUGCCGGAUGAAGAAUACCAGCCAGUUGAUGUCAAGAUCGAAGAGCAGUCCAUAGAAGAGAAGCUCUGUAAGGAGAUGGAAGGGGACGAAGCUAAUGAUAUGAAUCGUGUCGAAGAACAGUCUGUCGUCGUUGUGGAAGAAUUAGGCGAAUUUGGUGUAAACAGCAGCGCGAGCGUAUCAUUAGUAGUAGAUGAUAAAGCGGAAUUAUCGCUAAAAGCUGGUGAGGCAGCAACGGAGGGCAACUCUAUCUCCAGCCAAACGUUAAACGAUGAAUCAGCAGAUCUGAAAGAAAUAGAGCCUCCAAAAGAGGAGCUGAAGGUCAUUGUUAAGGGAUCUGGUGGGUUUGUCUUAAAGGUGAAACAGGAUAGUGUUGUGACCGUGAUCAACGCCGACCACGCACAGUCGAGUAGUGGUGAUACAAAGGCAUUAGACGAACCCAGUUUGCACGAAACCCUCGACGAUGAUGAACACGACACCGCUGGAGAUUGGAGGCCCCCUUCACCUGAUCCUCGCUUUAAAAAUCUACCGCCUCUACAGAAGGGUAGCGAGAUGAGCGGACUUUGCAGUAUCAUGUGAUACGUGUUCGUACACUCUUAUUAGACUUUGACACUCACGGUUUCUGUUGCCUGUUGAGCUUACACAUAUAGAUAUAUAAUAUAUAUACAUAUAUAUAGACUGUGGUUUUUGUUGAAUCACGUUGUUUGGGAAUGAAGAACAAAAUGUUAUGCAUGGCAAAACAGUGUUGUAUAGAAGACCUUGAAUUGAAUGAAGACGCGGCCGCAAAGAGGUGACCAAGAGACUACUGGACUAAAGUUCACUGUCCGCCAUGUCGGGAAGAAACGGUUCGGGGAUGAAGUUUUUGUGCAAACAAGGGAUGCAGUUACCGAGUAUCCCUAACUACUAUUCCCUAUAGUUACCGCAGUUCAGUUGUGUUGUGUACUGUGUAUCUCUCUUGUACGCGAUACAAACUUAGGCAGCUCUACAAAAACCAUUUUAGCGGCAGUUACGCUGCCGAAGUGAUCAUGUACAAAGUUUGUAAAGGAGUAAUAGUCGAUGACUGAAUAUUAUCGAGGAGCGUAAGAACAACUUCUAGACAAACAGUAUUGUAUAUUGUGUGCAUCAACCUAGAAUACAGUUGUGCUGAAUGGGUGCUGGGUGCUACUAGAUUAAGCUGGCUGCAAUAAUUGUAACACCUCAUUCAGCAAAGUUCCCAAUCCAUAUCUCAGUAUACGAUAGUAACUCUAUUAUGAUAUAUGACAUACUGACCUCCUCGGUAUUCGGUACCGUCAAAGGACAAAAAUAUAAUAAAUGAAUGAUAAGUGUUCGACUCUGUAGGUUUUUCGGAAAUGCUAUUAUAUAAAGGUUUUACUUCUAAUAAACCUAUAUACGAAAAAAGCUACGCCAACGGCUCAAUAUGAUGAUCACUUUUCAAUUGACGAACAUCUAUAUUCUAUUCGACCUAUUAGUAAUAUGAAAACAAACAAAAAGGAAAUUAAAAACAACAAAAGUUUUCUGCUUAUUUAAACAAGUACACUGUGAUAGUUUGCAUCUAAAUGCUCGUCACAGCAAAAGGAUGGAAAUGCUGGCUAUUUUUUCUUGUCAAAUGACACCCGUGCGAGAGGAAAUGGAUGAAAAACUAAAUGAUGUUAAUUCUCUAAAUGUCGUGUGCAAUACAUAGCGAGAUCGUAAGGGAACACAUCGAUUUGGAAACAGUAUUUUCAAUAAAUAUCGAAUCUUACGAUAUAACGAACUUAAAAUAAACAUAAUUGUUACCUCUUGUAACAAGUUUUGUGAUGUCAUCAUAGAAGUCGAUGCUUCCGCAGCUGGAUGCGAAAGAAAAAUCUUCAACUUAUCGCUGCGCUUCGUGAGCGCAACGGAUCUAUAGCAGUUGAGAAAAACCAGCAAACGUAUUAGUGAUACGCGUGCGCCACGAACAAUUGAGAUUUUCUCAUUCCCUAAUUUUGAUUAGCAGUUCUGUAUUAUCUAAUAACAAUUGCAUUUUGUCCGCUGUUGUAGAAAGUGUGUGGAUUAUAAACAACACGAAACCGAGCGCAAUGGAACAGUUUAUAAUUUUGGUAUUAGGAGUGUGUGAGUGAAAGAUACACCGUUAAAGGAGCAUUUAAGUCGAAAUUUAACCAUUCAGUUAACACUGGUCUGAUUACAUUGAUUAAAGUUCAUAAACAUGAAGCUCUCUCUUGUUCUGAUUUUGUUGUCAUUUAAGAAGAAUAUAGUUGGCGAAUGAAUUAAAUUUUUUUUUUUUGAUUCUGCGAAGACAUCAGCUUCUAAAGCAAAGCUGUCGCGUUACCUUUAGUGUGCAAAGUUAUGCUCCUAGAAGAAAUAGGAAAUCUCUUUUUUUUUUUUUGACAUAUUCAGACAUCCCGAAUCCUGAAAACAUAUGAAACCUCAUUAACGUUAAUAAAUGGCAGCCUAUGUUUCAAUUUGCUGCAUUAAAUUGCUAGUGUUCUUUCAUUAAUAUAACUAUACUUUGUGAAAUCCCUAUGUUUUGAACUGUUCUAGCCUAUCUUGUAUUUGUGCUUGCAAAAAUUUCAUUUGUUGGUUGUAAAAGCCUUUCAAGCACUUUUAAACGUAGCUUCAAUUGAUCCCAUUUGUCGAUAGAUCAUGGUUACGAGAUCACAGGAACUGCAAGAUUGAUUUCUUUGAACGCUCGUUAAAGGCAGAUGAAAAGAUGCAUUGAGGCAUAAACGGGUCGUUAAAUAAAC